CCCGACCAGCCUGCGAGUGGCAUGGCUUCCCCCAGCUCCGUGCUCUCAGGUUACACGACUAACGCUGCGAGGUGGUUCUGACCGCCCCCCAGGACCGAGACGAGGCGCCCGGUUAUCCAGGUCCGCGCUCCUAGUCUCCUUUCGGGCCGCAGAGCCCGGGCUCUGAGGAGGAUGGUAAGGGGCAGAGACAGCUGCCACUCCUCCCCUUACCCACGUGUGUGGAGGAUCUCUCCAGGGCGGAGCGGGACCUGUGAACAGUUUAGGCGUUGCCUUUUGAAUUGAUCCCAGGUUUAACAUUGGAGCCCAGGUUCACCCAUUUCUCCCUUCAAAAUGGAGUUGUGAGAUCCUUCUUCGGAUACCUGGGACUUCUCACCUUUAAUAUCAUUAUGGAUAAACAGAUAUUACAUAUAUUUGGGCUUUGCCUUUGGUAUUGGCCUUUGGAUUUGUUUCCAGAUUGUUACCAGGAAGCAGGACAAGAACUCACAGGAGAAAUCCAUUCCAAAAGCAGCUCAGGAUUUGAUGACAAAUGGUUAUAGCUCUCUUCAUAAGAAGGAAGUCUUUGUGUCUGGAGUGAAGAUUUUCUAUGGUUCCCAGACUGGUACAGCAAAGGAAUUUGCAACAAUUCUUGCUGAAGCUGUUACCUCCCUGUAUCUGCCUGUGGCAGUUAUUAAUCUGAAAGAAUAUGAUCCAGAUGAUAAUCUAGUAGAAGAGGUUACUAGUAAAAAUGUUUGUGCCUUUCUGGUUGCUACAUAUACUGAUGGCCGACCAACUGAGAGUGCAGAGUGGUUCUGCAAAUGGUUAGAGGAAGCAUCUAAUGAUUUUCGAUUUGGCAAAACUUACCUGAAAGGUAUGAGAUAUGCGGUGUUUGGCCUGGGAAAUUCUGCCUAUGCGAGCCACUUCAAUAAGGUUGGCAAGAAUGUUGAUAAGUGGCUCUGGAUGCUCGGUGCUCAUCGCGUGAUGACUCGAGGGGAGGGUGACUGCAAUGUCGUUAAAAGCAAACAUGGCAGCAUUGAAGCCGACUUCAGAGCUUGGAAGACCAAGUUCAUCUCCCAGCUCCAGGUGCUUUGUAAAGGAGAGAAGAAAUCCUGUGAUGGCAGUUGCAAGAAAGGCAAAUGUGAAUCUAAUCAGCGUAGCUCAGAGGAAAUGGAGCUAGGAUCUCAUACUCAGGAUGGAUUGCAUCAGAGAGACCCUGAGGAGGAGGAGCCCUUUGAGAGUUCCAGUGAGGAAGAGUCUGGUACUGAGGACCACCAGAGUCUAACUUCUGUGGUUGAUGUUGAGGACCUCGGCAACAUUAUGAAUCAUGUCAAGAAAGAAAAGAGAGAAAAGGAGCAGCAGGAAGAGAAAACUGGUUUGUUCAGGAACACAGUGAAGAAUGAAGCCAGUGAAAGAAGAGCUAUGAUAACUCCUGCUCUCCGAGAAGCCCUUACUAAACAAGGUUAUCAGUUGAUUGGGAGCCAUUCUGGGGUGAAGCUUUGCAGGUGGACAAAGUCAAUGCUCCGAGGGAGAGGAGGUUGCUAUAAACAUACAUUCUAUGGUAUCGAAAGCCAUCGUUGCAUGGAAACUACCCCGAGCUUAGCAUGUGCAAAUAAAUGUGUCUUCUGUUGGCGGCACCACACCAACCCAGUGGGCACUGAGUGGCGGUGGAAGAUGGACCAGCCUGAAGUGAUCUUAAAGGAAGCCAUUGAAAACCAUCAGAACAUGAUCAAGCAGUUUAAAGGUGUACCAGGUGUCAAAGAAGAACGUUUUAAAGAAGGAAUGACAGUAAAGCACUGUGCAUUGUCCCUUGUGGGAGAACCCAUCAUGUACCCAGAAAUCAACAGGUUUUUGAAGCUACUCCAUGAGUGUAAAAUCUCCAGUUUCCUGGUCACAAAUGCACAAUUCCCUGUGGAAAUCAGGAAUCUCAAACCGGUUACCCAGCUAUACGUUAGCGUGGAUGCCAGCACCAAAGACAGCCUGAAGAAAAUUGACCGCCCACUCUUCAAGGACUUCUGGCAAAGAUUCCUGGACAGUUUGAAAGCCUUGGCAGCAAAGGUCUCAAGAUGUUCAAUCCCAAGAAAUGGCUACACGACUUAUGAUAUCACUAUUGAGCUAGCACUGAAGAUGACAUUUCAAAAUAGUGAUGUGCAGUCCAACACAGCAAAGGAACACACUCCUAACAAAAGAAGAGCUCAUGCAGAUGAGAUUCUCAGAGAGGAGUACAGAGGGCAACAGCGUACUGUCUACAGACUGACUCUAGUUAAAGCAUGGAAUGUGGAUGAACUCCAAGCCUAUGCUGAGCUGGUGUCUCUGGGGCAUCCUGACUUCAUCGAAGUGAAGGGUGUCACCUACUGUGGAGAGAGUUCAGCAAGCAGUCUCACCAUGGCCAACGUGCCCUGGCAUGAGGAAGUGGUACGCUUUGUCCGUGAAUUGGUGGAUCUGAUCCCUGACUAUGAAAUUGCUUGUGAACAUGAACAUUCCAAUUGCCUCCUAAUUGCUCACAAAAAGUUUAAGAUUGAUAGAGAAUGGUGGACGUGGAUUGAUUAUAACCGCUUCCAGGAGCUCAUCCAGGAAUAUGAAGACAGUGGUGGAUCAAAGACUUUCAGCGCCGAGGAUUAUAUGGCCAAAACUCCUCACUGGGCUUUAUUUGGUGCCAAUGAAAGAGGCUUUGAUCCCAAGGACACACGAUUUCAGAGGAAGAACAAAUCAAAGGAUAUUUCUGGAUGUUGAGAUUGUCUGCAUUUAGGAUACUGAAGGACAAAAACUGACGGCCCCAGCGGGUUCUCAGACUCCACCGUGAUCUUUUCAAGAAAAAUUACACAAAUUAUAUUUCAUACCCAGGAGACUGUAAGGCAGAACCUGGGGAUGCAAGUCAUGUCCUGGGACUGAGGAGACAGCAUCACUCUUGGAGUUCCACAGUCUCACCAUUUCUUUCCAGAACUCAGUCCCUUUUCUGAUUUUCUUUCUGAGAAGAAUUCACAGUGGGGGGCAGGGGAGGGGAGAGUAUACAUACUCAUUAUUAGGAUUUAACUGACAGUUUGAGUUAUAAUUAGUAACACCCCCCUUAGAAUGCUAUUCAUGUUGUACGGAAUGAGUAUCUUCCUCUUCCCCUUGCGGCUAUAGCCCUUGUGGAUUGUACAGCCCUGAGGUAAGUGUAUCCACUCCCUUCUUAUAUCUGAAAGUAACUUAAGUUGUCAUAAUUCUCAGUUAUUUUAAAAUACUGCAUAUAUUACUUCAAAUUUUUUAGUGCCAACCCUUUAGAAACUGAGUUGGUUUUAAAACUGGACUAGAUAUCAUUCCAUUCCCAAAUUGCCAUAGAGGGUAAUAUAUGGGCUGGAUUAGAGUGAAAGCUCUUUUCUAUAAAAGGAAUUACCAUCUGAUGUCAUUCAAUAGUUAGUCUCACAAACCUUGAAACAAUGAGUACAAUUUGCUUUUUGUUUAAAAAGUCAGUGUUUAAGCCUCGUGUGAGUACACAUAUAGCAGGUCUGACCAUCUUCCUUCGCUCUUGUUGCCUUAGGUAAUUUACUCAGUCUGUUCUUUAAGGUUCAAGUUUUUUCUCAUUGUAAACAUGAAAUACUCAAUAGCUUUUUAAAGUAUUAUAGUUAUUUUUUAAAUUUCUUUAUCCUAAAAAUUUUAUUAAUAAAAAAUCUUUUGUAGACAUUUA